AUGGCAUUACAAGGGACUGAGCAGACGAUCCUUCGGGAUCCGGCUCUAUUCUAUUGGAUUUUGAUCCCAAUUACCAUUGUCAUGAUACUAACAGGCAUCCUCCGCCACUACGCCACCAUCCUCAUGAACUCACCCCCCAAACCCCCCUCCACCCUCGCCGAAUCCCGCGAACGCUACUCCAUCUUCCGCGGCGUUAACCUCCGCAGCAACGGCUUUGUCCUGCCCCCCGAGUCCUUCGAGGUGCGCAAAAGCUAUCUUAUCUCCGCGUAUAAGAAUGGCGCGUUUCUAAAGGACCCGGAGAGCCGGGGCCAGCCGCCUGCGAAUCCGAUGACGGAUCCGGCGGGCAUGGAUGCUAUGAUGGGGAUGAUGAAAGGGAAUAUGAUGAUGAUGAUCCCGCAGACGUUGAUUAUGAGUUGGAUUAAUGCGUUUUUCUCAGGAUUUGUUAUCUUGAAACUGCCGUUCCCGCUCACCAUCCGUUUCAAGUCUAUGCUGCAGUCUGGUGUUAUGACCCGUGACCUGGAUGUCAGGUGGGUGUCUAGUCUGUCGUGGUAUUUCCUGAACUUGUUCGGUCUGCAGUCUGUUUUUGGGUUUAUUCUUGGUAGUGAUAAUGCUGCGAACCACAUGGCUUCGCAAAUGGCUGGUAUGAACCCUACCGCUGGCAUGAAUCCGUUCCAGCCCGGUCAGGAUCCUGAUAAAUUGUACCUAAAUGAGGCGGAGAACCUUGAGGUCAUGGAGCACUUUUGCAUUUACGAUGGGAUUGAGGAGAGAAUUUUGCAUAAUCUUGCUUCGAAGUGA